AUGGUGCAACCUCCCGUCUUCGUCGCAACGCACCCGCGCGCCUGCUCCACGGCCUUUGAACGGGUCUUCAUGACCCGCCGUGACGUGCUCGAGAGCCAGCAUGAGCCCUUUGCCGACGCCUACUACUUCGGCCCCGAGUUCCUGAGCAACCGCUUCAGGGACGACGCUGCCACUCGCCAGGCAGCUCCCGGCUCGCACCAGACGUACAAAUCCAUCCUCGGUGACUUUGACAAGGUGGAAAAACAGGGCAGGCGUGUCUUCAUCAAGGACAUGGCCCACUACUUCUUCCCUCCCGACGGAAGCCAGCCCCCGAUCGCCCAGUCCUUUGGCGGCGGACAGGAGCCCGGCAACCCGACGGUGAUGCCACUCGAGGCCCUCAAGCGCUUCCACUUUACCUUUCUUAUCCGACAUCCUCGCCGCUCUAUCCCCUCGUACUAUCGCUGCACCAUCCCGCCCUUGGUCGAAAAGACGGCUUACACGCCCUUUAUGCCUUGCGAAGCCGGCUACAAGGAGCUCGCCCACCUCUUUGACUUUCUGGUCCGACAGGGCAUCGUCGACAAGAACCGCGUCACCGUGGUGGAUGCCGACGACUUGCUGGACCACCCGGAGGACAUGAUUCGGCAGUUCUGCGACAGGACCGGCAUCGACUAUGACCCGGGCAUGCUCGUCUGGGACGAGGCCGAUGGCGAGCACGCCAAGAAGCUCUUUGCCAAGUGGAACGGAUGGCACGACGACGUCCUCGACAGCACGAGGCUCAAUGGCCGAUCACAUGCUCAGAAAACUUCGACGGUAGAGUCGGAGAACCAGGAGUGGGCAGACAAGUACGGCCCCGAGGCCCAGAAACUCAUCCGCCAGGUCGUGGACGACAACAUUCCCCACUACGAGUACCUCAAGCAGUUUUGCAUGCGCAUCGAGGACAAACGCCCCUAG